GACCAUACAGAUGUGUCGACCAAAGUGUCAGAAUGACAGUUCAAUUAUAGUGUUGGUACAUUUAUCGAAGGAUACAUGGUCUUCGAGCUACCAGAAACUCAACAACAUGUGCUACGAGAGAAGUUGCCAUACCCAGACAGCAAACUUUGUGCUCCCUGAUUUCUACUGGAACUCCGUCUAGUUCAAGAGCAAAGAUGCGAUUCCACGAGCAGAAUGGAGGCUCUCGUGGUCACCACUUGUUGAUGAUUCCACAUGCUGCGCUUCCUCACAUCAAUCCUAUGGUGCAUUUAGCCGACAAGCUGAGUCAGCAUGGAGUCAGGUGCACCGUUCUGUCAUACGAUUGCUUGUUGCAGCAAAUACCCCGGGAGGACCUUCGAGACGGAGUUCAACUUCUAGGUCUGCCCCAAGAUUUGACCGGGUACUCGAAACCCGAGGACCUCUUCUAUCCGCCUAUGGUGGACAGCGAGAGGCUUCGUUUUGUUGCAAACGCUUACAUUGACAGAUUCGUGCAAGAUCACGACGGAUCGCCUCCUUAUACUUGUCUGAUUUCAGAUGUGCUCCUCCCGUGGACAGUGGACGCAGCGGCCAAACUGAAUGUACCACGGUAUCUUCUCAGCCCAGGGUCAGCGUUUUCAUUUUUGAUGUUGCAUCAUGUGCCCCUCAGUAAUGACGCUGACGAUACGAACAGGAUUAUACAGUUUCCCAACAUGUUCCCGAAUGGCGUCAGCUGUGACAUCUUCUCGGUACCUCCUCAGUUCGCUAUGUACACAAGGAGGUCGAUUCUAAAUGCAGCAGGCCUGCUCGGAAACUCUUUCUACGAAUUGGAAACUUGCGCCAUCGACGAACUUCGGAGAAUGGAAAAGAAGGUGUACCCAGUAGGUCCGCUGGAAUCGGCUGUACGAGUCACCAAGUCUUUCGUCGGGGACAGCAGCAUGAAUUUCGUCAGCGUCAAUGACGAAUGCUUAGAUUGGCUGGACAGGCAGACAGACAACUCUGUCGUGUACGUCAACUUUGGAACCACGGGCUUCAUCAGGUUCAACUUGAAAAUGGUGCACGAGCUGGCUCAAGGACUGGAGGCUAGCGGAGCCAAAUUUCUUUGGGUUCUGAGGCCACCACCAAACCUCAGCUCGGAUGAACUGGAUCAACUCCUGCCGAGUGGAUUUGAGGAACGGGUCAAGGACCGUGGACUUGUUUCCAGAGGAUGGGCUCCGCAGCUGAAAAUCUUGGAACACCCUUCGACCGCCGCAUUUGUGAUGCAAGCUGGUUGGAAUUCUAUUAUGGAAGCCGUCGCCAGGGGCGUUCCGAUUAUAUCGUGGUCAACUUAUGCCGAUCAGCCUGCCAAUGCACUAUAUGCGGCACAGAUAUCGAAAGUGGGGAUUCAACUUCCUCAGGGGAUCGUGGAUAGGAGCGCCGUCGAAACAGCGAUUCGGACGAUUAUGUGCUCUGAAGAGGGCAAGGUCCUGAAAGAGAAUGCUCAGAGGCUGAAACUUGGAGCAGCUUGUGCAACCAGUCCAGGAGGAAGUUCGUUCCAAAGUUUGCAGGACUUUAUAACAGACCUGUAACUACUUAGGAAGCAGAUCGAGUGCACGUUCCCGGUGUGCCGGCAUUUUUCAAAACCCAAAGUGUAUAAAGUUCAUUCUGGCUUCCCACUUCAGCACUUAACACAUUUCUUCCACCUAGUCAGAUUACCUCGCGAGGUAGGUGGUCGAGCAGAUGGCCAUCAAGUGGAUCAUGCUGACCUUGAGGUUCUUGACCACGCUGCUUUAUUACUGGAAUGUUUGUAGAUCAACCAGAGGAGCAUAAUGCAGCAUUCCUGUGGCAACCAAUAAAUAACAAGCAGGUGAGUGGCACAUAAAACAUGCUCUUCAAGUGUGUCUCUUCUCUGUUGCUAUGCUCUCUCUGAAGUUGGAAGAUCGACAUCGAAUGUCAAUAACAACAAGCCGAUGGUACAUGGUAACAUCAUCAGCAAUGCUACUUCACUGAACUCUACGGCCUGAUCAUAUACUGGUAAACAGAGGCCAACAUUUUACUUCAAAUCUCUACCCAGACCAGACCAUAAUCAUCAGCAGCUCCUUAUGCCCAUCCAUGCAAUUCAAAUUGCGCCAAUUGUCUUAUGUGUAAUACCCGGUUAUACCAAUUCUUGGUUGGAUCUGACAAACACUGCCCAAAACAGUGUCACCCAAAACCCUUGGGC